CUGGCUCGAAGAUUCGCACCCUGACUGUCACUUUCUUCAUCGCCGACUCCGUGCGCUCCGCCGCGGAGAUGGCCGCCGCCCUCCGCGCCGUCCUGGCCGUGGUGCUGCCUCUGCUCUCGGGCGCCAUCAUCGUCAAAGAGCUGCCCAACUCCACCGAUGCGAGGGCCGCGGAGCAGCCCCAGCAGAUGGCCCUGAUCCAGGACGGAACACGCGGCCGUCGCCGCGCACAGCUCCGGGAUUCCGUUCAUCGGGACCUCGGUGCAGCUCUCGCUGACGCAGAUCAUCGAUCCGAUUAAGCAGAGCCUGCUGAGGCUCAAGGAGUGGAUCGUCACGCAGCUGGCGUCGCUGGACGCGGGCCUCACUAAGACCCAAGAGAUGCCCGAGAAGGCGCUCGAGGUGUUUGCGACAAAACUCAGCGCCCUUUUCGAGGCGAUUGACCUGCAGCUGCAGCCAGUCACCAGCAAGCUGUCGGCCGACAGCCCGGCCAUAGAUGGCCUGAGCAAGGUGCUCACGGCCACCGGCCAUCCGGGUGUCGCAGACAAGAUCACCGAGGUCAUGGACGCGAUGAGCAAGCAGGUUCAAGCGUACGAGAAGACCUUGAGCAGCAGCGCCGACGUCGCGGACGGCCUGAAGAACCUGACCAAGGACGACUGGCACAAGGCAGGCCCGAAGAUUGAGGAGCUGAAGAAGUACCUGGACACGGGUGCGUCCGCGAUCAAGUCCUUUGGGGACACGCUCCAGGCAAAGGUCGAGGAGGCGCUCACGGUGCUUGCCGGCAGCCUCGGCGUCGAGGCCUCCGUGUUCUCGCCGAUCUCGCAGGCCGCCGGCGACGGCUGGCACUACCUGGGAGACUCCUCGACGGCCCUGGCCGCUGGCAUCGUGUCCUCCUCGCAGAUGCUCCCCCCUGAGAUCAAGGAUCUGACCCGCAGCCCGACAAGGCGCACUCGGGGGCCGCCGCGGGCGGCGCCCUCCUCGGCUCCCUCGGCGCGGCGCUGGCGGCCGCGCUCGUGCUGUCGGCGUGAGGCGGCGGCCUGCGGCCUGCCCGCACGGAGCCGCGCCUCACGGAGCUCCUCUGCGCUACGCUUCUGUGUCGUGUCGACGCUGCGAGGGGCUCCGCCGCGGGCACUCCAGGCUGAGCGCGGCCCGUGGCCCAGAGUCGGCCAAGAUGGCAUGAAUCUGGCGAUGGAGAGGCCGCCGAUCGUUCAAGGGUGAACCGACCCACAUCAUGGUUUCAGAAACCAACGCCCGGGCCGUCACGACACGGACCUGCCGUCCUCCGCCCGCGCUGCCUGCGGCCGCGGCGGACCUGGCGUCUCGCGGAGCUCAUUUUGAUCAUCGAGGAUCGGGCGUCGAGGCGCGAGGAUGCCGAUCGCCACUUUGGUGCUUUCGGGAGGCGCCACGUUGCCGCGGCUGGAUUCGUUUCGACUUGCGCCGGUC